UUGCAAGUUGCAAGGUCUCCUCCUCCUCCAGUGCUGCUAGUGCAGCAAAAGUUAUUUUGGCGCUAAUACCAAAACCGCAGUGGAACGAAUCCGAAGCAAAAUGGGAGAGGAGGAACAAGACCAACCCAACUCACCAAGUGAAGCCACAGAAACUACACAGCUGACCGAGCAAGACUACCAAUGGCCUGCUAUUAGGUUCGAUGUCCAUCCUCACCGAACCUACCAUUUCCGCAAACAGUUCAGGGCCGCCAAAAACCCUAACAAUUUCCUUAAAGGCGUCAAGUGGUCACCGGAUGGUUCGUGUUUUCUGACGAGUUCAGAGGAUAAUAAUCUUCGAUUGUUUGGAUUACCAGAUAGUGGGAGUGGGUAUGAUGCAGAUACAUCUAAUUUAGCUGCUGAGGAAGAUUCCUAUGAUGCAUACCUUGUUGUGGAUGGAGGAGAGUCCAUAUAUGAUUUCUGCUGGUAUCCUUACAUGUCUGCUUCAGAUCCCGUGACAUCUGUAUUUGCUACUACCAGCCGUGACCAUCCAAUUCAUCUUUGGGAUGCUAAUUCUGGCCUGCUGCGUUGCACAUACCGAGCUUAUGAUGCUGUGGAUGAAAUUACAGCUGCAUUUUCAAUUGCAUUUAAUCCUGCUGGGACGAAGAUAUUUGCAGGAUACAACAAAUCUGUUAGGAUAUUUGAUCUACAUCGCCCUGGCAGAGAUUUCCAACAGCAUUCAACACUUCAAGGAAAUAAAGAAGGUCAAACAGGUAUAAUAUCUGCAAUCAGUUUUUGUCCAACUCAUACUGGAAUGCUGGCUACAGGAUCUUACAGCCAGACUACUGCAAUUUAUAGCGAAGAUAAUAUGGAACUCUUGUAUGUUUUACAUGGCCAGGAAGGUGGGAUUACUCAAGUCCAAUUCUCAAAAGAUGGAAACUAUUUAUAUACUGGAGGCAGGAAGGACCCUUAUAUAAUGUGCUGGGAUGUACGGAAAGCUGUUGAGGUUGUAUACAAGUUAUACAGAUCCUCCGAACACACCAAUCAGCGAAUAGCCUUUGAUAUAGAACCACUUGGCAGACAUCUUGGCACUGGUGGUCAGGAUGGUUUUGUUCAUAUAUAUGAUUUACAAACAGGGCAAUGGAUGUCAGGCUUUCAGGCUGCGGCGGAUACCGUUAAUGGUUUCAAUUUCCAUCCUUCCCUACCCAUGGCUGCCUCUUCAUCUGGGCACCGUAGAUUUCAAGUUCCUGACAGUGUCGAUGAGGAUUUGCAAUUAAAAGGUGAUGAAAAUUGUGCUUCUGUUUGGAGUUUCUCCGUCUUUUCAAACAUGGAAAAUAGUGCUGAUGUCAAUGAGUGUAACAGUCAAUCGGAGCACGAAAAUAUUCGCCAGGAUCCUUGAGUCUUUUCUUUGGCUUGAGUUUCUAGCAGUUGGUUGUAAUUUACCUAAUUAUUAUUUUUUUUUCUAAGAUUUGUUCUUGGUAGGAUUAUUCCAUUCCAUACUCUGUUAUUCGAGUUCCAAAUAUUCUUUCUAAUCUAACAUUUCUCAAAUUAUGAUCUUAAUCAACAAGAUUAUACUCA